AUUUAGCCACGCAGAGCAAUUGUCAGUGAAGAGUACAAGUCACGGAAAAGACAUGUAUGCUUGACAUUACGCUGGGGCUAUCGUACUAGGAAUAGUGCGCCGGAGAGCGAUCACGUUCUCCAAGUGUUUCCUGAUGCAAAAAAAUCCGUUCAAGUCUAAGUACGUACCACGAGAAACCAAAUCCGGAACAGAAACAAGUUUAGUUGUGCUGGCUGGUAUCAGAGACCCUUCAUGUAUAUAUACGUGUAUACUGUCUUUUGUGGUGAUGCAAUAUGCAAAUGUUAUUACUCCAAACCGACUUUUGCCUACUAGUUAAGUGCCCGCGAAGACAGGAUUUUACUUGACCAACUCCGUCUUAAUGC